UUCCUUAUGCUUAUAUAAAAGUCUCAUUUCCAACCUCAAAAGGUAUGCAUAAUUUAGUUCUCGUAGCUCUCUAGCUUUUUCAUUUUUAGUUCUCUUAAAAAUCGCUAAUUUGUUGACUUAAGUAUCAGAAUGCCCACCCUAGAUAAAACAACCCAAACACUCUGACACUAUCUCUUAACAAGCCACCCUAGUAGACUAUAUGACUCAUCAUUAUUUAGUUCGACAUUAUUCAACUAAGCAUCCGAAUCACCUUCUAGCUCAGAAUUGUCCAAUUCGACAUCCGUGUCAUCUACUAGCAAGGAGCUGCCAUAUAUAUAUGAAUGUGUAUAGUCAAGCUGAACUUGGUUGAGACAAGAUUGGUCUAGGUUUGGGCUACCUUAGGGCAAGACCUAGGUCUAACUCGAAAAACAAAAAACCAACUUCUUGGAUUCGAGCCUCUUAACAUGAUGAUAAAAAAUCCAAGCCCACCCAUCUAAAAUUUGGGGUUGGGUAAGUUCAAGCUUAGGUUUGACCUGCUCAAGUUUCACCCAUGGAAGACGAACUAAAUAACGAAUUUUCACCUGCACCCCACAAGUGCCCCACAACACAUCCUAACCGUGUAUGAGAACAUUUCCCGUACUUGCUAUUGGGAGAUUCUUUCAAUACAAAGUUGGGAUGUACUGUGGACACGUGGGGCACCCUCUAUUAGGGCUGUCAAUGGAUUAGUUGUGGGUCGGAACUUGCCAGAUGAAUUCGGCUUCAGUCCAAGCACCUCCAGUCAAGACACCAUUCACACAUUGGGAAGACGCGUCACGCAUCUCCGAAUCGUGUGAAGGGCUAAAGCAUGCGAGAGUUCACAACCAUCCGCCCUCCUCUCCUCUCGCGUACAAGACAUCUCUCCUCCUUCACUCUCUCCCCCAUCCAUCCAGCGACGACAUUACAAUUAUCACCGCCGGCGAUAAAUAAUCAUCACCGGCGGAGGAACUAUCCUAGCUUCAGCGAUUUCAGACCUGGGCAUCUCGAAUUCAGCACCUCCAACGCAGGCCCCGCAUCCAUGACAUUGCGGCAAAUGUCAAGGGUCAAUUCUUCAAGCAAGGGAAGGACGGCAAAGAACUCCUCAAGAGCUGUUCGACUGAUUCUCGCAUCUUCUGCGGUGAACCCAUCAUCGUCUGGGUCGGGACGGGCACUGGAAAGGGAGGAGGGUGAGGCGGGGGCAGUGAGAUGUAAGAGCCAGCAAGGCUUCGUCCCGACGAAAUCCAUGAACCUGAGAUCGAAGACACAGGCGGCGAGGAGGUGGGUGAGGUUGGGACAGGCGCGGGUGAUGGCAAGAAGUUCUUGCAAAAUGAACCCCUCGGAGGAGAUGGUGAGAAGAUUGAGGCGGGAGAAGGAAGCGGCGACAAGAAGCCCUAAUUAGUCUCGAUUUAUUCCUAUCUCAAACUCCAUUCUCAAUCACCGGAACUCAUCGUCAACAUCACCGGCGGUCACUUGUUUUUGUUCUCGUGCACUUUGCUGCAGUUAAAACGGCCAAACUAGCGCCUCAAAGCAUCCCCGCCGCCACUGAAUUUGGAGAGGAGUCAAGGGGCGAUUGGCCCCAUGGCGAAAGCAGGGAAAGGUCGAGGUGGGUGACAGCCCUGAAGCUGGUGGGAAUGAGGAAGAGGUCGUGAACCCUUGACUCACAGGGUGAUGGAGGUGCGCGACGACCGCUCCAGAAAUAACCAUUUCCGGAAUACCAGCGACAUGGCGUUUCGGGUCCGAGUGUCGAUCACCAGGGCGAAGAUGUUGGACAGUAUCACGUCCGGCAAGUCAUGGAAGCGGAUGUUUCCGGCGGCCAUUUUCAGGUGGAUUCUCGACGACGAUGUCGAGAUCAGGCACACAUUA